GAUAUAAAAAAACGAAGCAAUCGAAUCCGAUUCCUCUCGCUGUGACCUUUUUUAAUCCCCUUCUCCUUCUCCUCAAGAGAAAUCACAACCUUCUCUUCGUUCUCUCCAUCUCUAAUGGCUUCUCUGAAGAUCUCUGCUGUUAUCUUUGAUCUGGAUGGAACCCUCUUGGACACUGAGAGGGCGACGAGAGGGAUAAUGGCUGAGUUUUUGGCGAGGUAUGGGAAGGAGCCGGAUGCUGAGAAGGAGGAGAAGAGGCUUGGGAAGAUGCACAAGGAGUCGGCUGCCGGCAUUGUUGUUGAUUAUGACCUCCCCUUCACUGCUGAUGAGUAUUCGGCAGCUAUUAUGCCUAUGUAUCAACAAAGGUGGCCGCAAGCUAAAGCUCUUCCAGGUGUUUCUCGUCUUGUCAAUCAUCUUCAUAGGCAUGGAGUCCCAUUGGCACUUGCUUCAAACUCUAUGAAGCAGCAUAUUGAGCUAAAGAUUUCUCACCAACAUGGUUGGAAGGAAUGCUUUUCUGUCAUUCUUGGUGGAAAUGAAGUAAAAAAUGGAAAGCCUGCUCCUGAUAUAUUUUUAGAAGCCUCAAAAAGACUUGGUGUUGAUAUAUCUGAAUGCUUAGUGAUUGAAGAUUCGUUGGUGGGUGUUAGGGCUGCAAAAGCUUCUGGAGCAAAGGUAGUAGCUGUUCCAUCCCUUCAAUGUCAAGAAGAGUAUCAAAAGCUCGCAAAUUGCGUUCUUAAUUCACUUAUAGAGUUUCGGCCAGAGUUAUGGGGUCUUCCGGCCUUUGAAGAUUGGGUUCAAAGUGCAUUGCCAAUUGAUCCUUUGUAUAUGAGUGGCAUGAUCAGCAAAGCAUUUCAGCAAGAUGGUUUUACAGUUAUAAACACCAUAACUGGAAGCGAUUCAUAUCUAUCUAUUCCUGAUCAAGUUUUGGGUGUAUUCUUCGGUUGGGAGAAGAUUGAAACAAUUGGGACUUUUAAGGUGGUGAUGAGCAUUGGAUGGGACUUAUCUUCUAGUAAUGCUGUGAGAGCAAUAAAACAACAUCUCAUCGGUCAUAUUAACAAUUAUUCAUCCAAGGAGAAGUUUCACUUUCUAAUUGUGGGUUUUAUCAGGAAGCUGCAUAAUGAGGAUAACUUAUCAGAUGUCUUAAAGAUAACUGAAGAGGAUAGUAGAAUUGCUCAAGAAGCAUUGGAUCUCCCCAUGUUUUCCAAGUUCAAGAGCUGCAAACUCAUUCAAGAAGAGGACUCUAGGGAGGAAACAUGUGUUGGUGAUUGAACAUAAUUUUUGAAGAUAGAUUUUUAGUUACAUAGUUGAGUGUAAUUGUCUAAUUGGUAGUGAAGCACCAAUGUGCCUUACGCUCUAAAGAUAUAAAACAUGUUUCUGUUAUUA